AUGUUGGAAGAAGUGGAGCAGCUUGUGGUGAGAAAUUCCAAGGCGCAAGAAUUUCGUCGCCAAAGAAAUCUCGCACGGGAAACCAUCGCUAAGGCUAAAGCCGAUAGCUGGAAUAGGUUUCUCAGUGGAAUCUCGGCAGAGUCCUCCACCAAAGAACUUUGGAGGAGAGUUAAUGCCCUACGGGGUAAGCGUAGAACGAAAGGUUUCUCCCUCGAUAUAAACGGUCGGUACUCCUCCGACCCAACCGACAUUGCCAACCACUUAGGAAAAUAUUUCGAGUCCCUGUCGGCAGACACGGCGUUACCCGAAGCCUUCCUCAACCAACUUCGGAAGGCUCAGCGCCCCCCGGUGUCCUUUCCACCUGGACAAUCCGAAAUAUACAACAGACCGUUUUCCGCGGAGGAGUUGAACUUCUCACUCAACUCCGCAAAAGGUAAAUCUACGGGCCCGGACAAUAUCAAUUACGAUAUGCUCCGGCAUCUUCCGCCCGCAGGCCGCUCAGCACUCCUGCACCUUUUCAACGAAAUAUGGUCUUCCGGGGUGUUUCCAGUAAGCUGGAAAACUGCCCACAUAGUUCCUAUCCCCAAAGGUCACACGGGCUCCUUUUCCGCCCAAAACUUCAGACCUAUAAGCCUUCUCUCGUGUACCGGAAAAAUCCUAGAGAGACUUGUAAACAGGCGUCUCGUCACCCUUCUUGAAGAGCGCCGUCUACUUGAUCAUAGGCAAUUUGGCUUCCGCCAAGGGAAAGGAACAGGAGCUCACUUGACGGCACUGUGCGAUACAAUCCACAGUGCAAUCAAUGAAGGGCUACACGUUGAUGCGCUAUGCAUAGACAUAGCUAAAGCGUACAACACAGUCAACCGGGAAGGGGUCCUUCAACAACUGGUUGACUGGGGCAUCAACGGGCGAAUGGGUACCUUUUUGGCAGACUUCCUAAACCAAAGGAACUUCCAAGUCUGCAUAGGUGGAUCCCUCUCCCGACCAUUCGCAGAAAAAAACGGCGUCCCCCAAGGUUCAGUACUUGCUGUAACCUUAUUCCUAGUGGCAAUGAACUCGGUUUUUAAAUCUCUUCCUAAAAACGUGCGUAUCUUCGUAUACGCGGAUGAUAUUGUCAUCAUAGUAACUGGUAAAUCGAGGAAAAUUAUCCGAAGAACUACCCAACAGGCGGCGAACGCUAUCCGUAAAUGGGCGGAUAGCGUGGGCUUCAACAUCGCCCCUGAGAAAUGUACUCUCUCCCAUUUCUGUAGGUCUUCUCAUUUCAAUAGCGACUCCCCGGUCCACAUAGGAACAGUCCAAGUUCCGUUUGUGAAAUUCCCCAAAAUACUCGGCAUUAUCUUCGACCGAACCCUGGGUUUCACAAAUCACUUCAGCCAAGUCAAAAAGGAUUGCGAAUCCCGACUUAGGCUGAUACGGACCAUCAGUUCAGGGCAUCCUCAAUGGAAUCGCCAAAAAGCGAUCAACAUCGCCCAAUCACUGAUAUGGAGUCGCAUUUUUUACGGGAUUGAGGCAACGGCUGUGAGUCGGGACAACCUGAUAAAGGUUCUUGCUCCCACCUACAACCGAUCAGUUAGGAACGCCUCCAACCUUCUCCCGAGUACCCCAGCCAUGGCAGCCUGCGUCGAAUCGGGACUCCUCCCAUUCCGCUGGUUUUCAGCCCUGAUCAUACUCCGUCGAUCCCUGGGGUACUUGGAGAGAACAGCCGAAGGAAAUUGCUUACUAUCGCAAAUUGCCAAACAGCUGCACCAAAGUUUCGCCAACAAAAACCUCCCGAAACUGGCUCGCCUUCAUCGAGUUGGGAAGAAACCCUGGUAUCAGGAAACUCUCCCCAAACUCGAAACUUCAUUGGCACAAACCACCGGAGCCAAACCUCUUCCUGCGGCUGCUAAAAGUAAUUUCCUCCAGCUAAUUUCGGACAGAUUUCAUAACAUUCCAGCCUAUUACACAGACGGAUCACGAACUGACCAAGGAACAGGAAUCGGAGUGUGGGGUCCAAACGUCUCCAUCUUCCGCAGCCUACCCCCGCAGUGCUCCGUGUUCUCUGCGGAAGCCGCCGCGAUAUUCGCAUGUAUCGAGAGGAUCCCCCCGGGAUCCGAGGCUGUGAUCUUCUCGGACUCCUUAGCGGUUAUUACCGCUUUGGAGUCCGGAAGUUCCAGACACCCCUUUGUCCAGGCAAUCGAGGCAUAUUGUGGUGAUAAGACCACAAUAUGCUGGGUUCCUGGGCAUAGUGGGAUCCCGGGCAACGAAGAAGCGGACCUUCUUGCGGCCAUGGGCAGGAACGCCACAAGAUUCGCCCGGCUAACUCCAGCUGCCGACGUCAUCACACAGUUCCGGGUUAAACUCGCUGAGCACUUCACGCGGCACUGGAGGGCCGCAGCGGGGGUCCUGCCCAUGAUCAAGGGCGAUCUGACCAAAUGGUCGGAUCGUCCGGACCGCAGGGAGCAGCGGGCACUGUCCAGGCUAAGAACGGGCCACACAAAAAUAACUCACCAACACUGCAUCACUCGUGUGCCCCCCCCCACCUGUAACACCUGUAGGGAAAGGCUCACCGUCGAACAUAUAAUCGUUAAUUGCCCCGAGUUCGACAAUCUACGCGAGCAUUACGAUAUGGGCCUUUCCCUACAGUUUUGUCCGCUGUCCACCAUAGUUAACAACCCCGACCCCACUCCCCUUUCAACAAUCCCCAAACCAACCGACCCAAACCUCACGUCUCCUUCUGUUCGUCCACCCCACCAACUUCCCGGCCCUCUCCUCCACCACCUGCGGAUCAGCCCCAUUGCCCUGUUAACAACCAACAGCCCAUGUUCCCCCCACCAACAAAAGCCACGCAAUAGCCCACACAUAAGUCUUGCCCCCACCGGUCUACACCUCAUCUCUUCCGCCGAUCACCUGCCCCACCAGACCCAACCCCCGUCUUCUUCUAUACCCCUCGAAAAUCUAACCCAACAGCCACGUCUAACAGCCCAUCAAUGGCCUACCGAAGCGGAACGUUCGGUGGGACCGGAGACGAGCGGAACCACGGGCGAUGUCAGCGAAACCCGUAACCUACAGGACAGCCAGGAACCCUCUACAGCCACAAUGGACCGACAGCCAGGAACACUUCAGCACUACAAGGAACCCUACACCCCAACCAGCAAGCGGCCAUCCGCCGGGCCUACGCCCGGGGAUGUUCACCGCGGCCGAGGACAACCCGUAACCCGCAGGACAGCCAGGAAUACUCAACAGCAACACCGGACCGAUAGCCAGGAACUCACUGACACCACAUGGAGCCCCACACCUAUAUACCAUCAGCAAGCGGCCAUCCGUCGGGCUUAUGCCCGGGGAUGUUCACCGCGGCCGAAGACAACCCGGAACACAUCACCCAGUCAACAAAAGAAACACACAGCCCCCCCCGAUACAGCAUAA